CAAGUCCAUGCCCUACUUGCAAUGGAAAACAUGGUAAUUAUGGAUUACAUGGCUCAUGGUACCAUGAGAAUGGGAAUCAGUUCCCUUAUGAUCCUGAAUUAGCGAAGUUGUAUUCCCAAGAUAAGUUGGAAUAUUGUCUUACCUGCAACACUUAA